UGUUCAAAACUUUUGUUAACUUUAACAACAAAUUAACUUAACUGUUGUUAAAUUUUAACAUUCUUGUUAACUAACGAAAUGUUAAAAUCUUGGUUGUUCAGAGCUUUGUUAAAAUUUUCGUUAGUUAACGAAAAGUUAAUUUGGUUAACUUUUCGUUAACUAUUUAACAAAAAAAAAACAAUCCCAUAAUGCAGUGUGCUACAUCCUGUACAGUAAUCCAAGAUGGCCGAAAUUCAAGAGGUAAAAUCACAAACUCUGAGUGAAAACCAAAAAAUAAAGCGUGCCAGGAGUACUAACUUUUCAUGCAAUGAAAUAUCUGUCCUUGUGGCAGCAUAUAGUAAAAAUAAAGGCCUACUUGAAGGCACCAAAAUUUCAAACAAUGUAAAGAACAGGAUCUGGGAGGGCAUUGCUCUCAAAGUUUCAGAGGCUGGCACUGCCUUAAGAACCACCAAAGAGGUAAAAACAAAAUGGUUCAACCUCUCUCGUAUUUCUAAGCAGACACACAGUGACUUCAAGCAGUCUUUUAACAAAACUGGAGGUGGACCACCUCUUUAUUCGCCCAAGGGCUUCAUCAAAGAUAUAAUUGACCUCAACACUGAUUCGGAGAAUUUUUGUGGGAUAGAUGGUGGUUUGGAGACCGAAAUUUGUUUUGAUUACGAUUACAUCACUGAAAAUACAGUUGGCAAUGAAGGGCGUCAGAUAGACAGUGCAAAUAUGGAGGCUGGUAACACAUCAACAGUAUCUGAUGAAGUUGAAGUCAUUCAUCCAGAAAAUGUGAAUGUUGAAAUAGUGCAGGAGACUAAAACUGAUAACUCAGACAUGAUCAGCCAAAAUAAGAGACAGCAGACAUGUUAUGAGAACCAGAAGCAGAAAAAGCGAAAGGUAACACAAGAAAUGGUUUGGGAAGCCCAGCUUCAGUUCUUCAAAGAGCAGAGUGAGACUGAAGUGAGGAGAAGGCAGCUCAUGGAUGCCAAAGAAAGUUUCUACAAAGAAGCAACUGCUGCAUUGAAGAAAUCCAAUGCUUGCUCAGAUAUUUUUCAGAUAAUAAAUGCAAGCAAAGAAUCAUGAAAGGUAAAUAUGUAAUUUUUGCUGUAGACUUAAAGCAGCAUGCCUUCAGGUUCCUGUAAUGUAUUUUAUCAAGUGAAGAAAACAAGUAAUUUACACAUUGCAAAUGUUCAAUCCAAAUUAUUUACUAAAUACAGGUCACAAUAGCCCUUGCUGAGUUAGAAAUAUGGUGAUAAUUUCUACAAAAUCAGUAAUUAAUUGCAUAUGAAAUGUAUAUCAUUACUUGAAUUGUGAGUGUUUUUACUUUUCUUAAAUAUUUUUGAUGAUUUCCAAUAAUUCUUUGGUUCACAAGGAGGCAUGCAGCUUUAAAGUCCACAACAAAAUGUACAUUUUCAUUGUUUCUAUUUUUCUUCAAAAGUAAUGCCUGGUUAUAUAAUCUCUUAUAUGAUUGCCUUCCUCUGGUCCAUCAUAUUGGGCUGCUGGUUGGGGUGGUUCCACUAUUGUAUCAUCUGUUAAACCAGGCUCUCCUAACAUGAUUGCUAUGUUGUGAAGCACAGCACAGGCAAUAAUUGUUUUACUGGCUUUCUCAGGAGUAAGUC